AAAAAAAGAUCUAUCUGAGCUGAAGAAACGAUGACUGCUUCAAUGUCCUUUCCUUGUUCAUCAUCUCAGACUCAUUUGAACAUCUAAGAAGAAGAGACUGUUGCAGACUUUCAAUCGAAGCAAACCUCAGAGAAAAGGGAAGAGUAAUCGGUCACUGAUCGGUAAGCUACCUCAGAGAAUAAGCAGUAAUUUAGUCAGUGAUCGGUAAUAAAUGGCGGAAGAUCAAGAUCCACAGCGGUUGAAGAAGAUCGCCGCCGCCUCAUAUGACUACGAUAACGAUCCAAGAUGGGCAGAAUACUGGUCUAAUAUCCUUAUCCCUCCUCACAUGGCUUCUAGUCCUGAUGUUGUUGAGUACUUCAAGCGCAAGUUCUACCAGCGUUACAUUGAUCCUGAUCUUGUGGUUGAGCCAAUGUCUUCCAGCAGUUCUUCUCAGUCUACAAGACCAUCUGCAACAUCCUCAGCAUCAUCUGCAACUGAACAGGCAGGGCCGCGGAAUGCAGGUUCGACUACUAGGACAUCAGGGGCAUCAACUACAACAAGCACAAAUCUGGGUUCUUUGCGCUGGGACCGACAAACCAUACAAUUUUCUGUCAAUGCUUGGGUAUUUAUCGUUGCUUUGCUUGCAAUCUUUCCCCUUGCACCUAGAAAUCUUUCAAACAGAGCAUAUCGCUUGUCCUUUAUGGGAACUGCAUGUUCUUCUCUGUAUUCUUUGUACUCAUUAUAUGGGAAACCUAGGGCAUGGAAUCUUCAGGCUCUCCAAGUAUGGUUUCAGUCGGUUAUUCCAAGCAAGGAUUUUAUGUACUUUCUUUACUGUCUUACGUUUGUGACCUCCCCUCUUCAACUGAAAUUUGCUUUGAUACCUGUGCUUUGCCGAGUGCUUGAAAAUGUUGCGAAAUUUCUAAGGCGAAAUUUUGGCCGUUCCUCUUUAUACAGGAAGUAUCUGGAGGAUCCUUGCUUAUGGGUUGAGUCGAACACAACUACACUCAACAUACUGACUUCACAUGCUGAAAUUGCACUGGGUUUCCUCCUAAUUGUUUCACUAUUCUCGUGGCAACGUAACAUAAUACAAGCAUUUAUGUACUGGCAGCUCUUGAAGCUCAUGUACCAUGCUCCUGUGACUGCAAGCUACCAUCAGGGUGUGUGGACUAAAAUUGGCCACACUGUGAAUCCCCUUGUCAACCGUUAUGCGCCAUUCUUGAAUACACCACUGUCUGCUGCCAAAAGAUGGUGGCUCAGGUGAAAGCGCAACCGGGAUGUGAGGAAGGGGUGAUGAAGAAAAAGAUACACUGACCACAUGGAUUCACUUUUAUUGAUUCUCUUUUAUGGAAAGUUUGUUAGACCAUGCAACAAUUUUAAUUGAAAAUAGUCAACUGGAACACUUUCCUUAAAAGUUGCUUCCUGCUCUUGUCAAUUGCUUCCUGCUCUUGUCAAUUGAGCAAACAGUGGCUUUCGGACUUUAUUAAAAUCAGGGUAAACAGAACAGAGUUUGAGAAACUUUAUGCAGUAAAAAUGGUCAUAGCAAUGCAUAUCAGUAUGUUGUGAUCUAUGAGGACAAUCUUGUUUUCAAUGUCACGGUCUAAUAAGUCUAAUAUUUUUGCCAACUGACAA